CUCUCUGUGCUCAGCUGGAGCCGUGACGGGCACAAACUGGUCAGCGCCUCCACUGACAACAUCGUGUCCCAGUGGGAUGUGCUGUCCGGGGACUGUGACCAACGCUUCCGCUUCCCCUCRCCCAUCCUCAAAGUCCAGUACCACCCCCGGGACCAGAACAGGGUGCUGGUGUGUCCCAUGAAGUCRGCCCCGGUGAUGCUGACCCUGUCUGACUCCAAGCACGUGGUGCUGCCCGUGGAUGACGAUUCUGAUCUCAACGUGGUGGCGUCCUUCGACCGCAGAGGGGAAUACAUUUACACCGGCAACGCCAAGGGCAAGAUCUUGGUCUUAAAAACAGACACUCAGGAUCUUGUUGCUUCCUUCAGAGUGACCACAGGGACCAGCAACACCACGGCCAUCAAAUCCAUCGAGUUCGCCCGCAAAGGGAGGUAUCACCCCUCCCUGCUUUUCCCUGAUCCACGAUUUUCCCCGUGCCACAGGACCCCCUGGAAGAAGUGCUGCUUCUCGGGGGACGGCGAGUACAUCGUGGCGGGCUCGGCGCGGCAGCACGCGCUCUACAUCUGGGAGAAGAGCAUCGGCAACCUGGUGAAAAUCCUGCACGGCACYCGCGGGGAGCUGCUCCUGGAUGUGGCAUGGCAUCCUGUGCGACCCAUCAUUGCCUCCAUUUCCAGCGGGGUGGUUUCCAUCUGGGCUCAGAACCAAGUGGAAAACUGGAGCGCCUUCGCCCCAGAUUUCAAGGAACUGGAUGAAAACGUGGAAUACGAGGAGAGGGAGUCGGAAUUUGACAUCGAGGACGAGGAUAAGAGCGAGCCYGAGCAGACAGGUGCUGAUGCUGCUGAGGAUGAGGAGGUGGACGUGACCAGUGUGGAUCCCAUCGCUGCCUUCUGCAGCAGCGAUGAGGAGCUGGAGGAUUCCAAGGCCCUGCUGUACCUGCCCAUCGCCCCGGAGGUGGAGGAUCCCGAGGAGAAUCCCUAUGGUCCCCCUCCGGAUGCGGUGCCCAGCUCGCUGACGGAUGAGGGGCUGGGCUCCGACAAAAAGAGGCAGAGCUCCUCUGACGGGCCCCAGCCCCCCAAGAAAAAACCCAAAACCACCAACAUCGAGCUCCAGGGAGUUCCUAAUGACGGUGGGUGGGAGAUUCCCUGGA